GGGUGUUGGGCCUGGCGGGCCAAGUGAGGCUGCGGAGCGCUGCGUUCCUCCCCUGGCUGCGCCCACCAGGAGCCGCGGGGCCAGAGCGCCAGGGCUCACGGCACACCUCCCGAAGUUCCUGCGCUGAGUUUACUAACCACGGGCCGGGACCAUGGGUUGCUUCUUCUCCAAGAGACGAAACACUGAGAAGGAGUCGCGACCCGCGAACGAGGAGGAGCGGCCAAAGCAGUACAGCUGGGACCAGCGAGAGAGGGUUGAUCUAAAAGAAUACAUAUUCAAUGGACUGAAGGAUGAAACAGUAGGUCGCUUACCUGGAAAAGUAGCAGGACAACAGUUUGUCAUUCAAGACUGUGAGAACUGUAACAUCUACAUUUUUGAUCACUCUGCUACAAUUACCAUUGAUGACUGUACUAACUGUGUCAUUUUCCUGGGACCAGUGAAAGGCAGUGUGUUUUUCCGAAACUGCAGAGAUUGCAAAUGUGUAUUAGCCUGCCAGCAAUUCCGUGUGCGUGAUUGUAGAAAGCUGGAAGUCUUUCUGUGUUGUGCCACUCAACCCAUUAUUGAAUCUUCCACAAAUAUCAAGUUUGGCUGUUUCCAGUGGUACUACCCUGAAUUAGCUUUUCAGUUCAAAGACGCAGGGCUAAGUAUCUUCAAUAAUACAUGGAGUAACAUUCAUGACUUUACACCUGAGUCAGGAGAGCUCAACUGGACCCUUCUUCCAGAAGAUGCUGUGGUUCAGGACUACGUUCCUGUACCUACGACUGAAGAGCUCAAAGCUGUCCGGAUUUCCACAGAAGCUAAUAGAAGCAUUGUUCCAGUAACCCGGGGUCAGAGGCAAAAGAAUAGCGAUGAAUCAUGCUUAGUGGUGUUAUUUGCUGGUGAUUAUUCUAUCGCAAAUGCCAGGAAACUAAUUGAUGAGAUGAUUGGUAAAGGUUUUUUCCUAGUCCAAACAAAGGAAGUGACUAUGAAACCUGAGGAUGCUCAAAGGGUUUUUCGAGAGAAAGCAGCUGACUUCAGUCCUCUUCUGAAAAAAGGUGCUGUUAUUGCGCUGGAAUUUAAUGGCGAUGGUGUUGUAGAAGAAUGUCGGCUUAUUGUAGACAAGAUCUUCAGUGGAAGCCAGAUGUUUGUAUCAGAAAGCAAAGAAACAGCAUCUGAAGAUAUAGACAACUUCUACAACUUUGCUGAUAUACAGAUGGGCAUAUGAAGUGCAAUAUGGAACCAAAGCCUUGGUAUUGAGCCCUUUCCAACUUGAAUAUAUAAAAUUUGGUAACAUAUUUUUGUGUAUUAGCAAUGGUUUGUAUUCACGCUAAAAUUGCUGCUUUAUUUUUAAUAAAUUGCUUAAUUCUGCAUCCCUUACUUGAGGUUCAAAAAUGGUUCAUUUUUAAAAAUUAGUUUUAAUCACCUUAAAAACUAUUUAAGCUACUUCAUAAGCUUAGUCUUGCUUAGUCUUGUUUCUCUGCAUACGAUGCUCUAAUUACAAAAUGUAAGUGGCUAACAGUUCAUGAUUCUAGUCCUAUUAAAUAAUCUUUCACAUUAUAGUAAUUUAAACUUUCCUCAUUGCUCCAUACUUCUUUGAAAAUACUUUUCAUUGAGUACUUACUUAUUUUUAUAUAUUUUUUAGUUCAGAGGGAUUUGUCCCUCGAUGGUCAGUUGCAUCUACACAAUUUUUCUCAUAUAUGUACAUCUAGUUUGAACAAUUGCUUCCUACUUGCAUUAUAUGGAGUUGACAUGAUGCUUUGUAAAUGACAUUUUUAAAAGAAAUGGGCAUUUUAUAACAACGUUUGCAAACAACUCUACUAACUGAUGUUGGUAUAGCUAUGUAAAGACUACUUUGUACGUAGUCUAUUUAGUACAUUCCACAUUGUUUAGUUUUUAAACACAAAUGCUAGAUGGCUCUUCUGCUUCCUGGGAAGACAAGGAAAAUGCAGUACUAACAUUACAGAAGCUCAGAGACCAGCAGUUGUUUUGUCAGCUUGAGAGCUAUCAAGAGAAUUAGGACAAAACCUUGUAACAUUUAGGUAAGAAAUACUUCAGCAUUAAGCUGUGCUGAUGAUUUAGAACCUUGGGAUGUGUGUUUUUUUAAUAGAUAUACAAUUCACGUCUAGUAAUCUUCAAGUAUGAUUUUAAAAAUUACUUGGGUUGCUUUAAACCAUUAUUUCUCAAAUCUACUUAAUCAUAAUAUCUUACCAAGAAGCAGGGAAGUUACUUGUUUAAAACUCUACAUUCUCAGACACAGUCCUCAGAUGCAUGAGUUCAGUCCUCAGAGGAAUCUGUUUUAAGGAAUCCAGUUGUAAUCUAUCCUAAGUGCAGAAGGGGUUGAUAGGUUGAUCUUGUGAGAAGGUGCUGAGCAUGCCCUCCACAUACCAGAUAGCAGCUUUUCCAGGCCUGUUUUUAAAAAGAAUUUGAAAUUUAAUUCUAUUUUGAUAAAACUAGGGUUGAACAUAAUCACUUGUAAACAUUCUUCUUAUGAUUGUCACAUGAAAGAUGUAUUUUCACUGUAAAAAUUUCUGAAUACUUUCAGAUCAAUGUAUAACCCUUCACCACAUGGUAUGUUGAUGUGCAGCAAGAAUCCAUUCAUAGACUUCCCACUUCAGUAAUAAAGAGCUCCCAAUCUGGGCCUGGCCUCACACUAACCAUUAGCAUUACAGUUAUUUUAUAAGAAUGUUCCAUAUUAUAAAAUCAACAUGAUUUCAUAAGAUGCAGAAAAAAAUAGCUGAUCAUAAUUUACAAAUAAUCCUUACAAAUAGAGGGCAUUAAUUUUUCCCUUAGUUAAGCUCAUUUAAACAUUCCUUCCUGUCAUGAUUACAUUAUUGAACACCAGUCACAUUUAAAAUAAUUACAGUACUUGUUCUUUAGAAAUAAAAUGCAAUGUUAUUUAAAACUAUAAAUUGAGUUCAUUUUAUCAAUAGUAUUUUGGCAAAAACAAAGAAAUAACACACAUAAAGAUUUUAAUUUAAAAACUUUCCACUAAAUUUAGUAUUUAACCAAAGCCUAAACUUUUAUACUUUUAUAUGUUUUCCAAUCUGGCUUAUGAGUGUUUGAAAAACUUUUUAUAUUGAAGCCGGGAUGAGCAUCUGGCCUAGUGGUUAGGAUGCCCACUUGCCACGUGCACAGUGCAUGUAUCUGGUUCCUGCCCCCAGCUU